ANNNNGACAAUGUAGUGCAUCUUAGGAUGAGUGUUAUGGAUCCACCACCGAAUAGGGUAUGGGUCGGCCAACAAGGUUCGGCUGCUAAGGAUGUACAACAACGCCUCCUGUUCUGUGGUAAUGAGGAGGGCAAGCUAGUGGCCCUGCGUAGAAUGAUAGCCAACGGUGAAGUAAAGCCACCAUGUCUAGCGUUCGUACAGAGCAAGGCUAGAGCACAGGAGCUCACUAAGGAAUUGAUGUUUGAUGGUGUAUUCGUUGCUUGUAUUCACUCUGAUAUGAGUCGUAAACAGAGGGAUACGUGUAUAGAGAACUUCCGCUUGGGGAAGAUAUGGAUACUUAUAUGUACUGAUGUUAUGGCCCGAGGUGUUGAUUUUAAAGGCGUUGCUCAAGUUAUUAACAUCGAUAUACCACGGGCCUCGGCUACUUAUAUACACAGAGUAGGCCGUACUGGUAGGGCUGGUAAUAAAGGAGAGGCUGUCACAAUGUUCACUACAGAGGAUAAACCAUACCUACGACCAAUCAUCAGUGUUAUGAAGCAGUCUGGCUUGGAUAUACCAUCCUGGUUGAAUGAUCUACCACAUCCUAAGAAGGGGGCAGGCAGUAAACAGAAGAACAGUGAAUAUAAGAAACCAUUGGAUAGAGGCCAUUUGACGACAUUAUCAGGGUAUGAUAGACAGCGGAUAGCUAAGAGGAAACAGAUGAUAUCUAUGUCGAAGGAACAAAAGAAAAGAAAUAUAGCACAAUAG